AUGGACGGUGACCCGGCUGUGGAGCCAGAGCUCGACUCCUUUAGUCUUUCUCUUCCUCUUCCUUAUCGGAUUGCUCUGGUUAUUGUUUUAGGAGUUUGGGGAUGGGGUGUGAAUCUGCAUUAUCUUUCCACGGUUAAGAUCGAUGUUGCCUCAUUAAUAAAAUACCCGGCUCGGUCGUCCCCUCGAACCGACCCUUCACUCCAUCUCUCAACAUACCGUCUCGCAACCCUCCUGAGUAUUCCUCUCGGCCUCUCCCUCCUCCUCUUCUGGGCCGUUUCCCACCGCGAUCCAACACUGGUCAUCCACUACGAUUUCCUCCCGAUAUCCUACCUCGGCAUAAUUCUAGCUGUUUUCCUACUCCCCCUCCGACGUUUUGCCUCCGCGGGACGGAGGCGCUUCCUCACCACCAUCCGCCGCGUUUCCAUUGGCGGAAUCGCCCAUGCCCAUGAAGGGAAAUUCGGAGAUAUCAUAUUGGCAGACGUGUUGACCUCGUACGCAAAGAUCAUUGCGGAUCUCUUCGUCGCUCUGUGCAUGUUCUUCAGCCGCGAAGGUUCCGCUACAAAACGACCAGAUCGCGGGUGUGGGGGGAAAUAUAUAGUGCCGAUCGUGAUCGCGAUCCCAUCACUCAUCCGAUUCCGGCAAUGCAUGAUAGAAUACUUCCGAGUUAAGGACAGCAAUAGACGGAAUGGAUGCAUUGGUUCCCAGGGAUGGGGAGGCCAGCACCUCGCAAACGCAUUAAAAUACUCCACUGCGUUCCCUGUCAUCAUUCUUGCAGCCAUGCAACGAAAUUUAAGCCCUAGCCCUGACGAGCGAGGCAUCACAGAAGCAUCUCUUUUCCGCCUAUGGGUCCUUGCCGCUAUGAUUAAUAGCUUUUACAGCUUCUACUGGGACGUUGCAAAAGAUUGGGACUUGACACUCUUUUCGCCAGCUCAUGAACGCAACUGCCCCUCUCACCCGUUCGGCCUGCGUCCCCGCCUCUACUUCCCGCAUCCAAACAUAUACUACAUCGCCAUCGUCACGGACCUUCUCCUCCGUUGUACAUGGUCUCUAAAAUUGAGUUCAAGCCUAGACCACUUCGCCGAUAUCGAGAGCGGAAUUUUCUUCUUGGGGCUUUUAGAGGUAGUGAGACGCUGGAUCUGGAUUUUCUUCCGUGUGGAGACGGAAUGGGUGAGGGGCACAAGUACUGGUGGUUUGGGGUCGCCAGGGCAGAAUGAUGUGCUGCUGGGGGACUAUGGAAGUGGGAAGGAAGAUGACGACUAA